GCAAGGCCGCGGGGCCGGGAGGGAGGGAGGGAGGGAAAGGCCUGGACUUUAGGAGGAAGAGGGAGUGGGAGGGGGACGCCGGCUCCGGAAGGCGGCCAGGGAGUACAAGGGGAGAGAAGGGGCCGCAGUGGGAAUGUGGAAGGGAGGCGGCCCCGGGGGGAACCCGGAGGCAGCCGUAGAGAGCACAGGGGUUGAGCCGGGGGCACAAGGGAACCGGGGUCUGGAAGGUGCCCCAGGCCUCUUGGCCAGGGCCUCCCUGCCCAUCGCGCUCCCCUGGCCGCUGCCCCUGGCCUCCUCCGCGAUCACCGUGCUCCUUGGGGCGCUGACUCCCCUGUUCCUUUGGUACUGCUACCGCCUGGGCUCCCAAGACCUGCGGGCCCUGGGGGCUGGGACCCAGGCUGGAGGGGUCGGUGGUGAGCCCGGGGGAUGCCCUGAGUCUGGCAGCUCAGGGGAGCCCGGGGAGGGCCCAGGGACAGGAGGCCUAGUGAGCCGCCGGCUUCGGGCCUACGCCAGGCGCUACUCCUGGGCUGGGAUGGGGAGGCUGAGGCGGGCAGCUCUAGGCGGCCCAGGCCCGGGGGGAGGCCCAGCGGCCCCGGGCAUUCAGCGCCCAGGCCUGCUGUUCCUACCAGACCUGCCUUCGGCUCCCUUUGUGCCCCGCGAUGCCCAGCGGCAUGACGUGGAGCUCCUGGAGAGCAGCUUCCCUGCCAUCCUGCGGGACUUCGGGGCUGUGAGCCGGGACUUCUCAGGGACGGCCCCUCUGCCUCGGGGCUGGUCCCCGGCCCUGGCUCCUGGGUGCUACCAGCUCCUGCUGUACCAGGCAGGCCGGUGCCAACCCAGCAAUUGCCGCCGGUGCCCAGGGGCCUACCGGGCCCUGAGGGGGCUGCGUAGCUUCAUGAGCGCCAACACCUUUGGCAACGCAGGCUUCUCUGUGCUCCUGCCUGGGGCCCGGCUGGAGAGCCGCUGUGGGCCCACCAACGCCCGCGUCAGAUGCCAUCUGGGCCUGAAGAUCCCACGGGGCUGUGAGCUGGUGGUUGGGGGAGAGCCCCAGUGCUGGGCCGAGGGACACUGCCUCCUGGUGGACGACUCCUUCCUGCACACAGUGGCUCACAAUGGCUCCCCUGAAGAUGGGCCUCGAGUGGUCUUCAUCGUGGACCUCUGGCAUCCCAACGUGGCUGGGGCCGAGCGCCAGGCCCUUGACUUUGUCUUCACACCAGACUCAUGAAGGAAGGUGUUCCCUCAGACACCUGGACCAGAGACUUGCUUCACCGGGUCAGCCUGAGCGGCAGGCAGCCAGGACCUCCUCCCCACUGUGGGCAGGGGGCUGAGGUGGGAACUGGCCAGGCAGCACUGAAAUACAGACUGAAUUCUCUCCUAA